AUGUCCUCUCCGUUGCGGCCCCCGCACGUAGUCUAUCCUGGCCGCCGAAGCAGUUUACCUCAGAAUGACGUCCACACCUCGAUGGCGUCCACGUACUCUUAUACGCGGUUUGUCAGAUUGCGCGUCGCUGUAAAUCGCUCUGGCUUCGUUUUUGUCGACGUCAUCCCGCAGGAUGACGGGAUCUGGGUAUCUCUCAGGGAGUCCGACGUCACUGGACCUCCUCGCGUAGGCGAGUCGCUUCACGCGGUUGACACGUCCGUCGAGCCCGGGGAGACCCUGGUGCAGUUCAUCCUGAAUCGGAACGCUGAAAGACGCGGCAUAUUCGGCUUCACCGUCAAUCGCCGUGGCCUCAUUGUUCUCGACGUCAGCACUCAGGGCUCCAAUGUCAUCGUCGCGGUGAAGAGAACUCCCGCCUUUGCGCACUCCCGUAGAGAGACACCCGACUUAGACAGCGGGGACAGUGGGGAUAGCGGCGACGAUAGCGAUAGCGACAUGCCGGAGUUCCUUCGCAAGCGCAAGGCGCUGCCCGCGCCCUCUGAGCCCUCCGCGUCCAAGCGGUCGAAGGGCGAAGGCGCGCGCUCACAUGCGAAUUGUGAAUCUCCAGCCCACACCUGUAUCACCAAGCCCGGCCAGAUCCUCGUCUUCAUCGACUGGAUCCUUCACAUUGUCUCCGUCGUCUCUAAGCUCCAGCUCAUCAGGCACAACGAGGCGGACGCGAUGCUCGAUGCAGACAAAGAGUACUACAUCGGCCCUAGCAUCAGCGGUUUCAGCAGCCGCAAAGCGUUCGAAGAUGAAGAAAGGUAG